GGAAGUUUGAGUGACGUCACAGGUCACGAGACUGUAGGAGCCAUAUUGGAGGUGUCAUUCGCAGAUGAAAUAAUUUUCUAAAUUCAUCACUCACGAAGAACUCAUUGUUGAUCGUUAUUCUGUUAAACAGGGCAGUAUUAUGGCUUCAAGGAAGAAGGUGUUGUUAAAAGUCAUUAUACUGGGGGACAGUGGUGUUGGAAAAACAUCUCUUAUGAACCAAUAUGUAAACAAAAAGUUCAGUAACCAGUAUAAAGCAACCAUUGGAGCUGAUUUCCUGACCAAAGAAGUGAUGGUAGAAGACAGAUUAGUUACAAUGCAGAUUUGGGAUACAGCGGGACAAGAGAGAUUUCAGUCGCUGGGCGUGGCUUUCUACCGGGGGGCUGACUGUUGUGUUCUCGUAUUCGACGUCACCAUGCCAAACACAUUUAAGUCCUUGGACAGUUGGAGGGAUGAAUUCCUCAUUCAGGCCAGUCCCAGAGACCCUGAAAAUUUCCCAUUUGUCGUCAUAGGAAAUAAAAUUGACCUGGAGAAUAGGGCGGUUACAGCCAAGAGAGCCCAGAGUUGGUGCAAUAGUAAAGGAGAGAUUCCAUACUUUGAGACCAGUGCUAAAGAGGCCAUUAACGUAGAACAAGCUUUCCAAACAGUCGCCAAGAAUGCCCUGGCUCAAGAAACGGAAGUGGAGUUGUAUAAUGAGUUUCCAGACCAGAUAAAACUUACAAACGAUACAAAAAAGCAGGACAGUGGAUGUGGUUGUUAAUAGGAAUAACUUCUUCUCUGUAAAAAAAAUUGUUUAUCUUUAUGGAAGAUCAUGUGAAAACAAAAAUGGUUUCAUAUAGCACACAAUUUUCAUUCAUAUGGGCCACACAGAGGUUUCUUGGGAGUGAAGAUAAGUGACCAAUCACUGAGCAGUAUGAAUUUGAGGUGUGUGUUUUGAGAGAGAGAGAGAGAGAGAGAGAGAGAAUGUGUAUGUUACAAGGCAUCUGAUUGGAAGUUGUCAUGACAAUACUCGAAUGUUAGGUUAAUUGACUCCCACAGAUCUAUAAGACAGGUCCAUGGAAGUUGAGGUAAUUUAUUUGUGAUUUGAAUCAGAAU